AUGUUCGAGCGCGCGCCGCGCGCGCCCGUGGUGCUCGUGCUCGUCGGACCGAGCGGGGCGGGAAAGUCGACGUUUUCGGCGCGGUUGCCGCGCGAGCGGUGGACGACGGCGAACCAAGACACGGUGUCGAACGGGAAGCGUGGGACGAGGCAACAGUGCGUGCGAGUGGCGAAACGAGCGCUGGAGGAGGGUAAGCACGUGGUGAUCGAUCGGUGCGGGCUGAGUCGGCAGCAGAGAGCGGAUUUCGUGGCGCUCGCGCGCGAGGCGCGGCCGCCGUGCGAGCUGCGAGCGGUUUGGUUUAAUCAGCCGGUGUCGGUGUAUCAGCAGCGCGUGCGGAUGCGGACGAAUCAUCCGGGAGGCGUGCAGGGGGAGAGCUCGGUGCGCGUGGUGCAGUUGCAGAUGCGUGGGAAGGAUAACGCGCCGCCGACGAAGGAGGAAGGAUUUCGAAUAGUGCGGCGAUGUCGAUUUCAAGACGACGUGGAUGCCGCGUGCGCGGCUUUCUGCGCGCUUCCCGCGGCCGAGACGGCGGUCGAGUUUCCGAAGAAAUCUAAACCGGAGCGAACCCUCGAUUCGGUGCGCGAACCGUCGGUGGUUGAAGACGCCGUCGCGGACGCCGCGACGUGA